GCCACUGGUAAUUCGCUCGUGUUUUAACACAUUUGAAGUAUAGUUAUAAGACAAAAUAAGUGAACUUUAGUUAAACGAAAUGUUUUGCGCUGGUUGUGGAUACAGUUUGCAGGCUUCCUUUAUAUUCUGUCCGUGUUGUGGUAGAAAGAGGAACAGCACUAGUGAUACAAUGAUUCGUAAUUUGCAAGUUAAUACUUCGGUUAACAAUGACUCGGCUUCUUCGUGUCCCAGUUCUACAACUUCGCCUUCUGGUGGUUCGUUUGCUUCUCUGCCAAGUUUGUCAACAUUCAUGAAGGUAAAGGAAACCGAGAGACGUUCGCACUUCGAGCCGAAAUUAAAAAAAUCCCGUUUAUCUAAAAACGUUAAGGACGACGUUUUAAUUAAUAUCGGGCUGAUGGAGUACGAGGGAGAGGAGCCCAAAAGAGUUUUUGGAAAGACGUUUCCAGUAAAAGUUGGAAAAGCUAUGAAUUAUGAUGAGUUGCGGCAGGCUGCUUUGAAGAAAUGGGAAGAUUAAGACCGUAAGUUUUCUCGUGAUCGUGGAUAUGUUUUGGUAUAUCCAGAUGGUAAAUUGGCCAAUACUAUUCCAGGCAGUUCAGAAACGUUUACGAUGUGUAAAUAUAAAGAUGAUCUAGGCAAAGCAUAUUCUCGAAUUACUUUGUAUCUUUGUCCAGUGGGUCCAUUGAAGGAAAGUAGUGGCAGUGAGCUUCCAAUAUCGGAAUAUUUUCAAAGUGAAUAUGAGGUAGAUGACGAAUAUUUGGUAUAUGAUGAAAAUAAUGAAGGCUUACAGCCUUCAGAUGUCCAACUAGGUGCUGUUCAAAUUGAAGAUGACCAUGACGUAAUUCAGUCAUUUUCUGUGGAAGAUUUUAUGCCAAUGGGUUUUGAUAAGAACAAAGCUGUUAAGGAGGCCAUAAGAAAAAGCUCAGAUCAGCAGGAAUGUUCAGAUAGUGGUCAGCAUGUUGAAAAUUCUAAUGAAGAAAAACAAAACUUAGAUCACAAAACUCUCAUGCACCACAUAAUAGAACAUGCCAAGGCUGAAGUUAAAGGAGAGCUUCGGAAAAUUGUAAUCAGUAGGCUGAAUAUUUGGGGUACAACAGAACCAUAUUUCAGGCGAAAAGGCUUUUUGAAACAAAAAGGCACACUGAAUGUCACAUUUGCUGCUAUUCAAACUGAAGAGGAAGAGGAUGCGAUUGAUAAUGGUGGUCCUCGGAGAGAGCUUUUUCACCUACUUAUCAAAUCAAUCAUCAAAGACAGCAAAUGUUUUUUAGGUAAGGCUAUUGUAGGUCAAUGUGAAAAUCAUGUGACAUCUAAAGAUGCAUUUAUUUUCUAUUUCAUACCGGUAACAGGUACGUCGGUUGGCAAUGUUAUCAGAUGUAAUGUUAUGGCUUUUCAAAAUAGAAACUUUGAAAUUGUUGGACGCAUGUUUGCCACAAUGAUUCUUCAAGGUGGUGAACUGCCUCGUGUUCUUUCAAGUACAGUUUGCAAAUAUAUUGAAGGUGGAAACAUAGAACCAAAGUUGAAAUAA